GAGAGAGAUGACGUACUACGUGCCUCGUUCUAGGCUUCUAGCUAGCUAGUAUAAACUGCAUGCUUCUCUCUCUUUGAUUUUUAAGAGACUUGGGAGGAGAGCAAUAAAGCAUUCGGAGGCGCAAAAGAAGAUGGGGAAAGCAAGCAAAUGGAUUAUCAGGCACCUGUUGAUGGGCAGAUCGAAAGAGGAGAAAGACGAGAAGCAAGAAACUACUUCCUCAUUUCCUGCCGCAACCCUAGCACCAGCACCCCCCCAAACUACUUCCAAACAGAAGAGAAGAUGGAGCUUCGCAAGAUCGUCAAGCGCAGAUUCCGGCGGCCGGAGAAGUAGCAGAGGCUUCGAUUCAUACCUCGUCGACCAGAUAGUCGCAAACGCCUUGCCCGAAUUUGGGAAGGAGCAGGAAAGGGAAGCCGCCGUGGAAUAUUAUCAUCAUAUUCCAGUAGCGGCGGCUCAAGAAGCCAUCAAAACUGUCAUAGCCUGCAAACCUGCAAGAGCAAGAGGACCAACUGAAAAUGCUGCUGCCACCAAAAUUCAAGCCGCCUUCCGCUGCUAUUUGGCGAGAAGAGCAUUGUUGGCUUUGAGAGGACUGGUGAAAUUGCAAGCAGUGGUAAGGGGUUACCUGGUGAGAAAGACAACAACUGCUACUCUACGGGGCAUGCAUGCUUUGUUAUCGAUUCAAGUUAGGGCUCGGGUCCAAAGAAUCCAAAUGGCCGAUCAUCACUAUCAUCAUCUGGAUGCCCAGCUUGAUUGUAAACGGCGUAUAACUACUCAUCAUGACAGAUCAGGUCUAGUUCAUCAACAUCACAAAAAAGAAUACGCUACGGAGAGGGGAGAUGCCAAUAGCAGCAAAACGCAGGCAGAUUUCAAGAGCAGAAGUAGGUUUAUAGAUCGGCCGCCGCACCCGCAGAUUGAGAUUGGAAGAAGGGAGCAUGAUCUCGGCCAUUUUGCUGGGAGGCUUUCGAUCUCAAAGCGCGCACAUCGGCUUCUGACGUUUCCCGAUCAUCCAUCAUCGGCUUCCAGCGGGACAAGCUCUAGGGCCAGCAACAGUCAAUUUGGCGAGCACGUAGACGCUCAGAACCUGUGGCUGCCUAAUUUCAUGGCCAACACAGAAUCUUCCAAUGCCAAAUCGAGGUCGAAGAGCGAGCCGAAGCAACGGCCCAAGCACACGAGCAGCCCGAAGCUAAGAUGCAGGCGAUCAACGUCGAGUGAACAGAUGGAGAUCGCCAGCGAUUUUGAAUAUCGCGUGAAGAAGCAGCAGCAGCAGCAGGCUUCGUCUUCAAAUGGACACAAGAACCGGUACCCUUGGCUGGUCAAGUUAUAUCGAUCAUCGAGGAGAAAAGCCGUCCAGAACUAUAAUAAUGAACAUGAGUAUGACUCCAACUCCAUCGCCACUCCGAAGAACAAAACUCUGAUUGGAUACUACGAGGUACGCCAUUAUAAUACAAUACAAUACAAUUGCAUGUCGACGACUUCAUCUGGAACGUGCAUGCAUGCUAGCUUUUGCAAAAUCUAACUUUUGAAGUCUCUAUGCUAGCUGCAGCCGCCUGUCAAUCUGUUCUAACAUAGAAGAUGGUCAGUUUGUUCCAACCAAAUGAAUACAGCCAGCACGGCACCAUGCCACUGAGUCAAAGGACAAGAUGAUGAUCUAGAAGAUGAAUUAUUAAUAUCUGAGAGCAAUGGGGGACCACAAAGCUAGCUAGCUAGCAUGGUCAGUAAGUGUUAAAACUGAACUCAAACCACUUCGGAUUCAAGAGUUUCUCCUCCCA